CCGCCCGCUCCUUGUCGUCUCCCUUCUUGUUCCUUCCUUCCCCUCCCUCCCGCCUCGCACCCGGCCGGUGGGCGCCGCCGGCUCGCCCCGCCGAGAAGUCUGGGCGCCCCCCAGCCCUCGCUGCUGCUGCUCCCCAUGGGGAUCCGCGAGUUCCCCAACGGCUCGGCGCGGGGCAAAGCCGCCACGCUCGGCAUGCGGCGCUCCCCCGACGUGAGCCCCCGGCGGCUGUCCGACAUCAGCCCGCAGCUGCGGCAGCUCAAGUACCUGGUGGUGGACGAGGCCAUCAAGGAGGACCUCAAGUGGUCCCGCUCCGUGGAGGACCUCACCAGCGCCUCCGUGGGGCUCACCUCCAUCGAGGAGAGGAUCCUGCGCAUCACCGGCUACUACGGCUACCAGCCCUGGGCCGCCAGCUACAAACGGGAUGAGCGCUCCCGGGAGUCUCCAGCCCCAGCAGAAGCACAGAUGCAAGCCGGGGCAGAAGGCGGUGGAAGGGUGAGCCGCUGUUGCUGGAAAUGCUCCGUGACACAACUCAAGAAAAUUUUCUGGGGUGUGGCCGUGGUCUUGGGUGUCUGCUCCUCCUGGUCGGGUUCAACCCAGCUAGCCAAACUAACCUUUAAGAAAUUCGAUGCACCCUUCACUCUAACAUGGUUUGCAACAAACUGGAACUUUUUAUUCUUUCCUUUGUAUUAUCUUGGACAUGUUUUUAAGUCAGCUGAAAAGCAGUCUCCAAAGCAGAGAUACAGGGAGUGCUGCCGAUUUUUUGGAGACAAUGGCUUGACUUUGAAGGUGUUUUUUACCAAGGCAGCACCCUUUGGUGUUCUUUGGACACUCACAAACUACCUUUACUUACAUGCAAUAAAGAAAAUAAACACUACGGAUGUCUCCGUGUUGUUCUGCUGCAACAAAGCGUUUGUGUUCUUGCUUUCAUGGAUCGUUCUGAGGGACAGGUUCAUGGGAGUGAGGAUCGUGGCUGCUAUAUUUGCUAUUGCAGGGAUUGUUAUGAUGACGUACGCUGAUGGGUUUCACAGCCACUCCGUGAUUGGGAUAGCCCUGGUGGUGGGCUCUGCCUCAAUGUCUGCUCUCUACAAGGUUUUAUUCAAACUUCUUCUGGGCAGUGCAAAAUUCGGAGAAGCUGCCUUAUUUCUGUCCGUGUUAGCCGUCUUCAAUGUUCUCUUCGUUACCUGUAUUCCUGUCAUCCUUUAUUUUACCAAAGUGGAAUACUGGAGCUCUUUUGCCGUUGUUCCUUGGGGAAACCUCUGUGGAUUUUCGAUUCUCUUAUUGACAUUCAAUAUUCUACUAAAUUUUGGAAUCGCUAUUACGUACCCCACCUUGAUUUCUCUUGGAAUUGUACUGAGUGUGCCAGUAAAUGCGGUGGUUGAUCACUACACGAGUGAAAUUGUCUUCAACAGUGUCCGAGUAAUCGCCAUCGUCAUUAUUGGCCUGGGUUUCCUCCUGUUGCUCUUGCCAGAGGAAUGGGACGUCUGGGUGAUAAAGCUGCUCACGCGUCUCAAGGUCCGGAAGAAGGAAGAAAUCCCCGAAGGGAAUGGAGACAUCACUUCAGGAUUGCCUAACAAAAGCCGGAGAACUCGCCCCUCCAUGUCAUCCUUUGCUCAUUAAAUGCUCUUUUUACCAAAACUUUGUGGUUAACCUUAUAUAUGAUGAUGCAAAGGUCUUUUCUUGGGAAGAAGCACACCUGUCCAACACGGUGUACAUACCUGUACAGUUUUGAUAUGAUCACCAUCUAAGGCAUCAAGUCUUGGCAUGUCCAGUUUGCUUGUACUUUUUUCACAUCAGACCUUUCACUUAAGUAGUACACUGAAAAAAACUGCAAACCAAGAACCUCUCUUCUCUUUUUAAAUGAAUGUAAUAUAUAGUCAAAAUAUAUUUGCAUAGGUUAUUUUAAAGAAUGAUUUUCAUGAAAAGCAGGGCAGACAUUUUGAACAUUAGGUACCGAAUGAUGCAUUGCACACUGUGAUUUAAAAGAAACAAAUGCUAUGCUACAUCACAUGUUUAUUUUUUUGACCAGAGCUGUACUCUGAUAGUUUUCAAGGAACCAAAAGGGAAACUUUACGGGGACAGGAAGAUGGGGGGAAGAGUAGAAGGAGGGAAGUUCGGAAAUCACUCUGUGUAGGUGAGCGCGUGCUGCGCUGGAACCGGACAAAAAUUCAAGUGCUAAAAAUGCCUGCACUAAAGCACUAGAGGGAAAGCAGUCUAGAGCCCAAAUCUCCUGGUACUGCACGUGACUGUAGUCCACGUUUAAAACCAUGCAAGAGAAAUCCAGUGCCUUCUACAGAACUCUUGUCUUUAUCCGCGCAGAACCAGGCCCCGCUGCGAGACGGCGGCACUGCGGGGCUCAGCCUUGCAGCCCGGGCACCCAAAAUUCCCCUCCGGCACCGGGAAGUGCCCCCCACAAGCGCUGGGAGCACGGGGCCCAGGGGACUGCAGGUUUGUGUGCAGGGGACCUGGUUCUCCUCCCGCUUGCACAGGUUUUACCCCUGUGUGGAGCCGCACUCAGUUAAUGCUAGCAUGAGAAAGGGGAAACGGUGGUGGUUGCGUGGGGAAAAAUCUGACCGAAAAUGCACGGCGGAGCUGACGAGAGCAGGGUUGCUGAUGUACAGUCUGAGGACACGGACUGAGGGGGUGAAUCGCCAGUUGCUUUUACUCCAUAAUUGUGAGUGUUUAAGAGUUAAAAAUGUAAUAUAUUUACAUCAAAUGUAACACUUUUUAUGAAACUUGUAAGCACCAGGAUGUUUACUUACGCGAUUUUGGUUCGCCAUUAAAUUUCUAUCUGUGAUAGAUCACAUGCUAUGUAAAAAAGGGGGGGAAAAAAAGGUUAUAGUUUACUAUUUUUGAAGUUUACAUUGUUGCAUACAAAAUUAAAAGUGUUCUUUUGAACUGCUGCCAUAGCCUAAGGGUCCCUGCUGCCACUGAGGCCCUCUUUGUCUCAGGCAGGGGUGGCAUCCACAUCAAAACAUUUUAGCAAAUCAACUUCAGAUUCCAUUAGCUGUUUGGCAACGCUCAAUAAUAAAAGAUUUUAAACUCA